AUGGAUCAGUGUGAGGACAGAGAGGAGGGAGUCCCUCCCUCUAAAACCACUCUGUGUGGGGAACAUGAGAGCCAGAGGAACCAAUCUGGAGCUGAACCCAGCUGUGUGUCCUUAAAGAGUGACGGGUCAAAGAGUAUUGGUGGCAAUUUUAAAGAACAACCCUUUGCUGCAGAGAGGAACCAACCUGGACCUGAACCCAGCUGUGUGUCCUUAAAGAGUGACUGGUCAAAGAGUAUUGGUGCUAAUUUUAAAGGACAAAACUCUGCUGUGGAAAGAGAGAACAAGAAUACCUCAGAGGUUCCCAGUGAUCAGCCUCCCCAGCAGCAUCAAGCACACCUGGACUCCAUAUUUAUGCUCCUGGAGGAGAAAAUCAUCACUUUUGUGAAGAAUGAGUUAAAGAAGAUCCAGACAGUUCUGUAUCCAGAUUAUUCAGAAUGCUUAAACUGCCAGACGGAGGAUAAGGAGAUUUUGGAGUGUGAGGAUGAAGAGCAAAGGCGUACCAACAGAGAGGCAUUUAUAAAGAUCACACUGCAGUUUCUGAGAGGAAUGAAGCAGUAUGAGCUGGCUGACCGUCUGCUGAGCAGCAGAUUUGCUCCAGUUUGUCAACAUAAUCUUAAAUCUCAACUGAAGAAGAAGUUCCAGUGUCUGUUUGAGGGGAUCGCUAAAGCAGGAAAUCCAACCAUUCUGAAUCAGAUCUACACAGAGCUGUACAUCACAGAAGGGACUGCAGAAGUCAAUGAUGAGCAUGAGGUCAGACAGAUUGAAACAACAUCCAGGAGACGAAAACCAGAUGGACCAGAAACAACAAUCAGACAAGAAGACAUCUUUAAAGCCUCACCUGGAAGAGAUGAACCAAUCAGAACAGUGCUGACAAAGGGAGUGGCUGGCAUUGGGAAAACAGUCCUAACACAGAAGUUCACUCUAGAUUGGGCUGAAAGCAAAACUAACCAGGACAUCAAGUUCAUAUUUCCAUUCACUUUCAGAGAGCUGAAUGUGCUGAAAGAGAAAAACUUUAGCCUGCUGGAACUUGUUCAUCACUUCUUUACCAAAACUAAAGAAGUAGGAAUCUGCAGCUUUGAAGACUUCCAGGUUGUCUUAAUUUUUGAUGGCCUCGAUGAGUGUCGACUUCCUCUGGACUUCCACAAAACUAAAAUCCUGACAGACCCCACUAAGUCCACCUCAGUAGAUGUGCUGCUAACUAACCUCAUCAGAGGGAACCUGCUUCCCUCUGCUCACCUCUGGAUAACCACACGACCUGCAGCAGCCAAUCAAAUCCCACCUGGGUAUAUUGACAUGGUAACAGAGGUGAGGGGGUUCACUGACCCACAGAAGGAGGAGUACUUCAGGAAGAGAUUCAGAGAUGAGGAGCAAGCCAGCAGGAUCAUCUCCCACAUCAAGACAUCACAAAGCCUUCACAUCAUGUGUCACAUCCCAGUCUUCUGCUGGAUCGCUGCUACAGUUCUGGAGGAUGUGGGGAAGAAGAGAAAAGAGGAAACAAGGACAGCACUACCUACAACCCUGACUGAGAUGUACAUCCACUUCUUGGUGGUUCAAGCAAAAGUGAAGAAGGUCAAGUAUGAUGGAGGAAUGGAGACAGAUCCACCCUGGAGUCCAGAGAGCAAACAGAUGGUUGAGUCUCUGGGAAAACUGGCUUUUGAGCAGCUGCAAGGAGACAACCUGAUCUUCUAUGAAUCAGACCUGACAGACUGUGGCAUCGAUAUCAGCGCCGCCUCAGUGUACUCAGGAGUGUUCACACAGAUCUUUAAAGAGGAGAGAGGACUGUACAAGGACAAGGUGUUCUGCUUCAUCCAUCUGAGUGUUCAGGAGUUUCUGGCUGCUCUUCAUGUCCAUCUGACUUUCAUCAACUCUGGAGUGAAUUUACUGGAAAAGCAACAGGAAACCACCCAGAAUUUGCAAGAAGAAGAAUCUGCAGACACUUGCUUUUACAAGGGUGCUGUGAAUAAGGCUUUACAGAGUUCAAACGGACAACUGGACUUGUUCCUCCGCUUCCUCCUGGGUCUUUCACUUCAGACCAAUCAAAGUCUUUUACAUGGGCUGCUAGAACAGACAGGAUGUAGCUCACAGACCAAUCUGGAAACAGUUCAACACAUAAAGGAGAGGCUCAGUGGAAAUCUAUCUGCAGAGAAAAGCAUCAACCUGUUUCACUGUCUUAAUGAACUAAAUGAACAUUCUAUAUUGGAGGAGAUCCAACAGUCCCUGAGAUCAGGAAGUCUCGCUGCUGAUAAACUGUCUCCUGCUCAGUGGUCAGCUCUGGUCUUUAUCUUAUUAUCAUCAGAAAAAGAUCUGUUUGUGUUUGACCUGAAGAAAUACUCUGCUUCAGAGAAGGCUUUCCUAAGGCUCCUGCCAGUGAUUAAAUGCUCCAGCAUAGCGCUACUUGGUGGAUGUAACCUCUCAGACAGAAUCUGUGAAACUCUAUCCUCACUACUCAGCUCCCGUUCCUCUUGUCUGAGAGAGCUGGACCUGAGUAACAACAACCUGAAAGACUCCGGAGUGAAAGUAUUGUCUGGGGGACUUGAGGGUCCACACUCUAAACUGGAAAAACUUAGAUUGUCAAGUUGCUCAGUCACAGAAGAAGGUUGUAAUGCUCUGACAUCAGCACUGAACUCCAACCAUUACCACCUGAGAGAGCUCGACCUGAGCUACAAUAAUCCAGGAGAGGCAGGGGUGAAGAUGCUGAAGCAGCUCCGACUGGACACACUCAGACUAAGUGGUUGUAACCUCUCGGACAGAAUCUGUGACACUCUAUCCUCAGUUCUCAGCUCCCACUCCUCUAGUCUGAGAGAGCUGGACCUGAAUAAUAAUGACCUGAAGGACUCGGGAGUGAAAACACUGUGUGGUGGACUAGAGAGUCCAUACUGUAAACUGGAAAUAUUCAGAUUGUCAGGCUGCUUGAUCACAGAAGAAGGUUGUACUGUUCUUAUCUCAGUGCUGAACUCCAACCAUUCCACCCUGAGAGAGCUCGACCUGAGCUACAAUGAUCCAGGAGAGGCAGGGGUGAAGCUGCUGAAGCAGCUCCAACUGGACAUACUCAGGGUGGAGCCUGCUGGAGUCCGAUGGUUGAGACCAGGUCUGAGGAAGUCCUCCUCUCAGUUGGAAAUGCCGAAAAUACCUCACCUCGGAGGCAUCUUGGUCAGGAGACGAGGCUUUACUGUCGUCUCCCUGUCUGAGAAGAACGCUCAUUUCUGUUUUCAGGAUUAUCGUGACUAA